GAGCAUCUGCUCGCGCGCCGCGUCCCUCCUCUUGAGCUUUUUGUGUUUGAAACUCUCAUAUCUCACAUAUCAAUAAUUCAAGCACGCGAGAAAGAGAGCAGACGGAGCACCGCGCGCGCGCUAUGAGUUCUGCUGCCUGGUCACUAGUCCAGGGCCCCUCCGCUCCGCUUCUCCCUAUCGUAUUUCUGAGUGACAGAAAAACUGCUGAGAAGUAAGAAAGAAGGAUAAGAACAGGUGAAAACUGGGGACUCGACCGGAGAUACGGGGGUAAUAAACUGAUGUUAAAAAAGGGAGGAAAGAAGAUUAAAAUAUCCUCAUAGAGGGUCCGCGUGGGAGAAAUACUUGCUGUAAGCUAAUUAAUCAGAAGAAAACGGAGUGACUUUAGUUGUAAAACGACCGUUUUCGAGGUUCUUCGGGGGACAACCGGAAACUCUUCCUACCUUACUUUUUACAAGGGGAAUAGACCCACGGUUUAAGGUGAGAAGACGAACGAAGAAGUUCUUUCUGGUCCGGUAUGUUGGCCUUUUGCCUGCUGAGUGCCGUGUGGCUCGCGGCGAGCCCGGCCCGAGCUCAGAACGAGACAGAACCAAUCGUCCUGGAGGGGAAGUGCCUAGUGGUCUGCGACUCCAACCCGACCUCGGACCCCACGGGCACGGCGCUCGGGAUCUCGGUGCGCUCGGGCAGCGCCAAGGUGGCGUUCUCCGCAGUCCGGAACACCAACCAUGAGCCCUCCGAGAUGAGCAACCGGACCAUGGUCAUCUACUUCGACCGGGUUCUAGUAAACGUUGGGAAACAUUUUGACGAGGAGAGAAGUAAUUUCAUCGCGCCGCGCAAAGGGAUUUACAGUUUUAACUUCCAUGUAGUGAAAGUCUACAACCGCCAAACUAUACAGGUAAGCCUGAUGCACAACGGCUGGCCGGUGAUUUCAGCGUUUGCUGGCGACCAGGAUGUGACACGCGAAGCAGCCAGCAAUGGCGUUCUGAUCCAGAUGGAGAAGGGGGACCGAGCCUACCUCAAACUGGAGAGAGGAAACCUAAUGGGGGGAUGGAAAUACUCCACCUUCUCCGGCUUUCUAGUGUUCCCCAUGUAGAGGAAGAGGAGGAGGAGCAGGGGGUGGAGAUGAAGGAGGAGGAGCUGGUGGAAGAUGGAAAGUGUAAUGAAGAAUGGGAAAAUGCAGAUGGAGGGAGAAGAGUGACAUUGGACAAAGAAAAGGACAUGAAAAAGAUGGAGGGGGAGAAGAUAAAAGAAGAUGGAAUUGUGACAACAGACUUCUGUUUGGGACGCUGCAGAGGGAGGAGGGAAGAGGAAGGAUGAGAGAUGUUAGAGAGAUGUAAAAGCAUGACAGAGAAUGAUUAUACAAAAAUAAAAUGAGAGAAUUAUGGAGCCAGUACAUGAAAGAGCAUGGCCAGCUUCUUCACUUCCCUUCCUCCUUUCAUCCAUCCUUUCAUCCAUCCUUUUCCUCCCCCUGUUUUUUCUGUGGCUUGACUGCAGCUUUGGACAGCCAAAACCUUUUUUAUUCUCUGCUGAAAGACGCAAUUGAUUUAUAUGUUCCAGAGUGUUCUAAAGCCCGAGUGUAUCACCCCCAUUUCCUCCACAUUCACCAUUCAGUCACUAGAACAUAAGGUUUGAAGAAUGUUUCUCAAAGAACUGCUCCCCACAUCUCCCAUUUACUGUGGCCAUUUUUGUAGUCUUAUUUCUUAUGCUUGACAUAAAAUGCACUGAUUUUGGAUCAGCCUCUACCCCAAAGCCAAAUUAGAAUUUUUAUAGGGGACACUCAAAACUCUGAUCAGAAAAUCAGGGAUACAUUUACAUUCACCAUGUUUUACAGUUAACAUGAUAAGUGUUAGCUUUUUCAGAUGCAGUUUGUCCAUGAGGUACACGUCUAUUUCUCCCAUCUUCUCCAGUCCAUUUGUCCUAUUCUGAUAACUUCAUCUUUGCACAAAGCCCCGCUCUUUCCUCCUGCAUUCCUGUUGUCUUUUCCCAUUCUUUGUCUUCAAAGUAGAUGUCUUGUUUUCUUAGAGCUAUCUGUUAGCAUCAAGGAUAACUCCUAAUGUAUAAAAAGUCAACCAUAGUGUUUGACUAUGACUUACAGAAACAAAGCUGGACACUUUGCAAAUGAAAACCUAAAAAACAAAUAUGUCCAAUCCAAUGGCAUGUGAAAAUAACUUGCAAAAUAUAGAUCAAUGAUCGUAAAAUAUCUAAUAGAAAUUAUGUCUUUAUAUUACAAAUGUUCAACUGCAGAGAUGUUUUGAAACAAAGACAAUCCUUCCACAUUUAUUUGUUUUAAUCAAUAUAAUGAGGAAGCAUUAACACAUUUGCCAAUUACAACAUUAU